AUGGCUUCUUUAGGCAUGCACAUACUAGCGAGUGCCUUGGCCCUACUGGGAUGGGUGGGAGCCCUCCUGUCCUGCUUCAUGCCAAUGUGGCAUGUGACAGCCUUCAUUGGAACCACCAUUGUAACUUCUGAGAUCAUGUGGGAGGGCAUUUGGAUGAGCUGUGUGAUCCAAAGCACAGGCCAAAUGCAGUGCAAACCGUACGAGUCCACGCUCGCGCUAGGCACGGAUCUGCAGGCCGCUCGGGUCCUCACAGUGAUGUCGAUCCUUUUGGGAGCAGUGGGUCUUGUUUUAGCCUUCAUCGGAGGAAAAUGCACCAUCUUCAUGGACCAAUCUAAAAGAUUCAAAGCCAGGAUUGCCACAGCAACUGGUGUCACAUUGAUUGUUGCCGGAGUUCUCUGCCUGAUCCCCGUCUCCUGGUCGGCUGGCAUUGUGGUGAAAGCGUUUUACAACCCACAGAUGGCUGACUCGCAGCGAAGGGAGAUCGGCGGUGCCAUUUAUGUCGGUUGGGGUACAUCCAUCGUCCUCAUUUUGGGUGGAGGAAUGCUCUGCACCACCAUCUGCAAAGACAAAACAGAAGACGACUGUGGUCGUUCAGUGAAGUAUCUGAUCGUGCGCUCUUCGCAGGCAGGGUCCAGCAGGGCGGGCUCCCAGAGGAUGCGGCCCGUCUCUGUGAGGUCGCUGCAGAGUGGCGCUCCAUCUGUGAGGUCCCAGUGGAGUCAGAAAGCCCCUUUGAAUCACGGCACACCUCCUUCUGUGGGCUCCCACCAGAGCAGGCCCUCAACUACAAAGUCUCAGCUUUCCAGAGCCGAAUUGAUGCCAGAGUCUGAGCAGGACGAGGGGGUGUCGACUAAAAAUCAAAUGUAUUUUAAUGGUCUCUGUUGA